AUGGAGACCUUGUUCCAGAGUUACUACGUCCCAGAAGAGGAGAAGCUGUCUUAUGCUACUAAGACACUCACUGGUCCUGCUCUUGCAUGGUGGGAAGAAGAGGAGUACGAUAGUUGGUAUUGUGGUGACCCAGCUCAUACUUGGGAGAGUUUCAAAUUCGAGAUACUUGAGGAUUUUGUGAAGAAAGGUCCAGAAUUUGAGUUUCCCAUGAUCCUUACACACGCAGGCUGGCAUCACACUUCAACCAUAAGCUCUAAACCUGAUAGCAAGCAAGCUAAUCAGCAUCACAGCCCCCAAAAGAUAGAACCAGCUGUAAAAAAGAAAACUGUCAAAAAGCAAGAGGGCUCACAGCUAAGUUCACUCCAGUUGAUAAAGGUACCAGAAACAUUUCCAUCCUCAAAAGGAACUUUACAACCAGGGAAAAAUAAGGCUGAAGUAGUUCUUGAGAGAAGAGAACCCCAAACUGAAGAUCAAGCUAUGGCACAAGGUUUGGAAAAACCACCAGCAUCAUCAAAUCAAAGAACAGAAGUAACUGAUCACAUGGACGAUCCACACAAGGAGAUUACAAGGUGUUUAAAUGCCAAAGUAAAACAAGAAGUUACCACCAGCAACUUCCUGAAUCCAGACGACCCUCCAGGUCCUGCACCAUCCACCAGAAAGCCAGAUCACAGCAGAGGAGUAGUCUUGUCGUUCUUACUCAAAGGAGAGCCACCAGAUGUUAUCCAGUUUCGAGGUCGAAACUUUUUCAAGGGAGAGGGUAUGAUGCGGCCAUCAAAUCAGUGGUCGAACCAGAGUUCAACCAAGCUACCCAAACCGACCACCUUGGAGCCACCAGCAAUAGAGGUUCAGUAA